GGCGGGCAGAAGCUCGGGCCGCAGGCUGCCGCGCCGUGGCAGCUCGCGCGCUGAGACGUUGCAUCGCUGCCCUUCCACUGUAUAGUCAGAAACGAGUGCCAGGAGAUCGUGCGCGAGCGCUUGCGACCUUGCGUGCGGUGCAAACGAUGCUCAGGCGCCAGAGCAGUCUGGAAUGUGCCGCGGCAGGGGGGGCGUUGGCAGCUCUUUGGCUCUACCUGAGACGCCGCCGGCGCGACAUCACACUCACCUACCUGGAUGCCAAGGGCAGCGCCGAAGCAACGCGACUGGCGCUCACGAUCGGUCGCGUGCCCUUCCGUGACGAGCGUCUGAGUUACGCCGAGGUAGCGUUGUUGCGUGACGAGCUGCCCUUUGGGCAGGUGCCCACGCUACGCGUCGGCGACGAGAUGUACUGUCAAAGCGCGGCGAUCUUGAGAUACGCCGGCCGCUGCGCGGGACUGUUCCCGUCCGAUCCAGAAUCGCAGCUGCGCUGCGAGAUGGUGCUGGAGUGCAUCGCCGAGAUUGGACGCGACCUGCUGCCGCUCUGGUAUAAGUCGGUGCUACGCCGCGACCCGACGACCGGCGCGCCCGGCGUGCCGCUGACCCAGGCGCAGGUCCAGAAAGUCCGCAAUAGCGUCUCGACGAGCUAUAUGCCCGUUGGCUUUCGACGACUCGAGAAAAUCCUGGGCGAGCGCACUUAUUUCUGCGGCGAGCGCCUGACCAUUGCGGACCUCGCGUUCUUCGUCGACGCGACGCAAAUCAUGGAAGGGACGUUCCUGGCCGACACGGGCGUCGGACCUGCCGUAUUGCUGGAUUGUCCGAACCUGCGCGCGCUCCGAGAACGAGUCGCAGCACGCGACGACGUCGCCGCGUACUACCGCGCAGAGGCGACUCGUCCCACGCAACGAGCGGCGCCGAUGCGACGGGCCUCGCCGUCGGCGUGACGGAGAGUGCGUCCUCCUUUUUUUGGCCCCCCGUUGAAUUUCUACGUUCUUUUCUAAUUUAAGUACAGACAUUACAGAGGCGGCGU